AUGGAUGUUUGUAAGAUACCUGAAAACGCCUCCAAGUGCAGUGGGAACACCAUGGAGUGCUUCAUGGUGCUCAGCACUCAGGCACAGAAGAUAAGCAUUGCCACACUCUGUUGCCUCUUUGGGACACUGUGUGUUUUUGAGAACUCUUUGGUGCUCUACUUGAUCUUCUCUUCCCCUGGGACCAGGAAAAAACCUUCCUACCUCUUCAUCAGCAGCCUAGCCCUGGCUGACAUCCUGGCCAGCAUCACCUUUGUCUGCAGUUUCGUUGGCUUCCAUGUGUUCAACCAAACUGAUUUCUCCAAGGAGGUGUUCCUGCUGCAGCUGGGAGGGGUGAACACCUCCUUCUCUGCCUCCCUCAGCAGCCUGCUGCUGACUGCCCUGGACAGGUACAUCUCCAUCAGUCGUCCCUCUGAGUACAAGCUCCUGAUGACAAGGAAGAGAGCAUGGAUAGCCCUGGGAGUGCUCUGGGUGACCUGUGGCACCAUUGCUUCCCUGCCCCUCCUGGGCUGGAACUGCUGCACACUCAAUUCCACCUGCUCUGAGCUGUUCCCCUUUGUGGAUGACAACUACCAGUCCAGCUGGAUCUGCUUCAUCAUGGUCCUGCUGGGAUGCAUUGUCUAUGCCUAUACCCAUGUUCUCUGGAGGGCUCACCAGCACGUGACCUACAUGGAGAAACACCAAGCACAGGGAGGAAAGCAAAAUUCCAGGAUGAGGAUGGAUGUGAUGCUGGCCAAGACCCUGGUCAUGGUGCUGGCUGUCCUCGUGCUCUGCUGGUCUCCCAUCCUCAUCCUCAUGAGCUACAGCAUCUUCGUCAGGCUGAGCGAUCACCUGCGCAAGGUGUUUGCCUUCUGCAGCACCCUCUGCCUGCUCAACUCCAUGGUGAACCCCAUCAUCUAUGCCCUGAGGAGCAAGGAGCUGUACUCCUCCCUGAGGAGGGUCAUUUCUCACUUCAGGAGGAAGCUGAAGUCCUCUGAGGACAGCCCAGAAGCAGAGAGCAGCCACAAGUCCUCCAUGGUAGAGACUGUCUGCGAGGACACACCUGUAACGUAG